GAGCUUCCAAAACCAAUCUUCUUUUUUUUAACUUUCUCUCUUUUAUUCUCUUAACACCAAAACCUAACUAACCUUGAAAAAGGCAACCAUUUAUGCCCCUCAAUUACAUAGAACCCUACCCUCAAAAUCACACCUAUAUUAAUAAUACAAAUACUACCCUCCAAGAUUUCCCCAAUAUGUUGGAGCCUAAUCGCGCCAUUUGCUUAAAGUUUCAAGAGGUGGUAUAUAAGAUAAAAUUGGAAGGUAAAAAAUGCAAGGAAAAGACAAUCCUUAAUGGCGUUAGUGGGAUAGUACGUCCAGGUGAAAUCCUAGCCAUGCUAGGUCCCUCGGGAAGUGGUAAAACCACUUUACUUAGUGCACUUGGAGGAAGACUUGGUGGAAAAUUACUGAGCGGUAAAAUCACAUAUAAUAGUAAACCCUUUUCCGGUUCGGUAAAACGACGGACAGGAUUCGUUCCACAGGAUGAUAUCCUAUACCCUCACCUCACCGUAUUCGAAACCCUUUUAUUUACUGCUCUUUUACGGCUACCAAGCACCCUGGCUCAUGAAAUUAAAGUGAGCCAGGUAGAACGUGUGAUAGCCGAAUUGGGCCUAAUUAGAGUUCGAAAUAGUAUUAUCGGGGGCCCACUAGUGAGGGGUAUCUCGGGAGGCGAGAAAAAAAGGGUUAGUAUAGGUCAAGAAAUGUUAAUUAACCCAAGUUUGAUGUUGUUAGAUGAACCCACAUCGGGGCUCGAUUCUACGACCGCGUUAAGGAUAAUGACCACACUUAAAAGCGUAGCAGAAACUGGUCGAACUGUGGUUACUACAAUUCAUCAACCGUCGAGUCGGCUUUAUCAUAUGUUUAAUAAGGUGGUUCUUUUAUCUGAAGGUAGACCUAUUUAUUAUGGGGCUGGAUCUUCUGCUCUUGAGUAUUUUUCAUCUAUUGGAUUUUCCACUUCCUUGACGAUUAACCCGGCUGAUCUCCUACUUGACCUUGCAAGUGGAAUUGGACCCGAGUCAAAACAUGCAAUGGAGCAAGGUGACAACAUGGAGCAAGAAAAGAAACAAGUUAAAGAAGCUCUUAUUUGUGCUUAUGAGAAGAAUAUCUCUAUAUCAUUGAAGUCUGAACUUUGCAAUCCGGAAACUUGUGAUUUCAACAAAGAUGCUUCUAUCACUCCAAGUAGAGAAAGAGAAGGAGAAUGGUGCACAAGUUGGUGGCAUCAGUUCAAAGUAUUACUACAAAGAGGGAUGAAAGAAAGGAGAUUUGAAGCAUUUAAUAGGCUUAGAAUUUUCCAGGUCUUAAGUGUUGCCACCCUUGGUGGGCUCCUUUGGUGGCACACCCCAGAAUCCCACAUUCAAGACAGGGUGGCGUUAAUAUUCUUCUUUUCAGUAUUUUGGGGGUUCUACCCCUUAUACAAUGCAGUUUUCACAUUCCCACAAGAAAGAAGAAUGCUAAUAAAGGAAAGAACAUCAGGAAUGUACAAACUAUCCUCAUAUUUCUUAGCAAGAACAAUAGGAGACUUACCCUUAGAAUUAGCCCUACCAACUGCCUUUGUAUUCAUAAUAUAUUGGAUGGGUGGCCUAAAACCCAACCCUAUAACCUUCAUACUAUCCCUUAUUGUUGUCCUGUACAAUGUUCUAGUAGCCCAAAGCCUAGGGCUUGCCAUAGGGGCCAUACUCAUGGACAUAAAACCAGCCACUACCUUAGCAUCAGUUACAACCCUAGUAUUCCUUAUUGCAGGGGGAUACUAUGUUCAACAAAUACCUCCUUUUAUAGUAUGGCUUAAGUAUUUAAGUUAUAGUUAUUAUUGUUAUAAGUUACUUUUAGGGGUACAAUACCAAGAAAAUGAUACAUACCCUUGUUUGAAGAUGGGAAAAUGGGAAUGGUGCAAAGUUGUUGAUGUUCCUGCGGUUAGAUCAAUGGGACUUAAUAAUUUGUGGAUUGAUGUUUGUGUUUUAGGGUUAAUGCUUGUGGGUUAUAGAAUUAUGGCUUAUUUAGCACUUCAAAGACUGAGGAUUAGAUAAUUAAUUAUUAUUAUAUCUUGUUUUUGAUAUUUAGAAAGUAUAUAGAGUUUAUUAAUUGAAGUCUUUUUGAGAGUCGGAAUUUAUACGCCCUCCAUUUCACCGUUAUUUUUCCACUUGAUUUUGUAAGUAUUUUGAGAAUACGUUAUGUGUUCUUUAUAUAUAAAGUGAUGGUUGGGAGGAGUGUGAGGACUAAAAUGAUCUAUAAUAUAAAUGGAAAUUUUUAGUAAAUUGAUUGAAAUGUGGACAAUGUUGUUGCUGAAAUGGAGGUAGAGUAUAAGUCGAGUAGUGCUUAUUUAGUUUUUAGGAAGGUUGAAGUCCUUUUUUUAUUUUUUUUAUGAUGAGGAAUAAUAAUUGUAAUUUAGACGGAGAAAUUAUGUAUAAUUUUCAAUAUUCAGAAAGUAUAUAUAGUUUAUUUAUUAAAGUCUUGUUGAGAGUCGGAAUUUAUACGCUUUCUAUUUCACCGUUAUUUUUCCAAUUGAUUUUGUACGUAUUUUGAGAAUACAUUAUGUGUUCUUUAUAAACUAUUGGUUGGAGGAGUGUAGGGACGAAAUUGAUCUGUAAUGGAAAUGGAAAGUUGUUAGUGAAUUGAUCGAAAAGAGACCAAAGUUGUUGCUGAAAUGGAGGUAGAGUAUAAGUCGAGUAGUGCUUAUUUAGUUACAGGAGUUUUAAGUUUUUUUUAUAUUAGGAAUAAUAAAUGUAAUUUAGAGGGAGAAAUUAGGUAUAAUUUGGAGGUACAUAAGUACUACCAUUAUUAAGAGAUGUAGAUUUAUAUUUAUUAUGGCCAUGUUGUUUACUAGGAGUAAUUAAGAUGACUUCAUAAGAAUUUAGCUAAUUAAAAAGUAUUCUCAUGCACUCGACAUGACUAACC